AUGGUUCUCACAAAGGAAAAUGCUUCCAUUGGAAUUAUUGGAAUGGGUGAUAUGGGCAGGAUAGCUAAUAGUCGAUUGGUCUCGUUAAGGGUAAACGCUUGUGACAAACCGGAAAAUUUCAACUCCCUCAAGGAAGAAUUUGCAUCGCAUCAAGGUAUCACAAUUCUGCCGAAUGGACAUCUGGUCUCGCGGAUUAGCGACUACAUCAUCUACAGCGUAGAGGCCGCAUUCAUCGACAAGAUAGUCGCGGAAUAUGGGCCGUCAACCAAGGUCGGUGCGAUAGUCGGCGGUCAGACAUCCUGCAAAGCCCCAGAGCUGGCUGCAUUCGAUAAGUACCUGCCUCCGGAUGUAGAGAUAAUUUCUUGCCAUUCACUGCACGGUCCCAAAGUCAAUCCGAAGGGCCAACCUUUGGUAUGGCUUGCCACCGCGUAUCCAUCCGAGUCUCGACUUUAUAAUAACAUUGAGCUCCAGGUCCUGAUUCAGCAUCGAGCUUCAGAUGAGAGUCUGAGGUUCGUGGAGGAAGUCUUUUCCUCCUUCGGCUCGAAGUAUGUAUAUCUCAGUGGUGAAAUGCACGACCGGAUUACCGCAGAUACACAAGCCGUCACACACGCUGCAUUCCUCAGUAUGGGCACCGCAUGGCAGGCCAACAAUCAGUUUCCUUGGGAAAUCCCCCGUUGGGUGGGAGGUAUUGAAAACGUGAAGAUUAAUAUCACGUUGCGGAUUUAUGCGAACAAAUGGCACGUCUAUGCCGGCCUGGCGAUUCUGAACCCAUCUGCAAAAGAGCAGAUUAGGCAAUACGCUCAAUCAGUGACGGAGCUCUACAAACUGAUGAUCGAAGGCCGCAGAGAAGAGCUAAAGCGAAGGGUCAAGGCUGCAGGCGCUGCUGUCUUCAGAUCUGACACCGCGGGACAAGAUCUGCUUUUGAAAGACGAGGUGCUGGACAGAUUCUCUCUGUCUAAUUGCUCUCGAGAGGAAGCGCCUCCUAACAGUCAUCUCAGUCUGCUGGCAAUCGUUGAUUGCUGGUCCCAACUUGGCAUCGUCCCGUACGAUCAUAUGAUCUGUUCGACUCCUCUUCUGUGUUCUGUCGUGGUCAUGAAGGAUGGCCGCUUACCCCGCCUGACCAAGCUUUUUCGAAUCUGGCUGGGAGUGACGGAGUAUCUCUUCCGCAACCCUACUUUGCUCGAGGAGGCAUUAGAUACCGCUAUCGAUGACCACACUUUUCGCUCCGACGAUCUUGAAUUCACAUUUGCAGCACGGUGUUUGGUUCCCCAUUUAUUAUUAUUGGGUUGGAGAUCAUUAGCAGUACGGAGUCUUAUUCUACGUCGGGAACAGUCCCCGCGACUCCGCGUGUCUACGCUGGGGAACGCCAAUCUGGCUGAAUUGGAUUUACGUUGUUCCAGCAGACCCUUAGCUCCGCGGUGGUUGACCUAUGUUUGCAGGCCUGGUCAGAUUGCGUGUCCUUCGGGGAUUUCGAAUCUUAUCGCGACCGUUUCGAGCGCAUCCAGCGCUACUUUGCGCCACGAUUCCCCGAAGCAGUUAGAAUUGGAAACGAGAUGA